AUGCUAGAGCCGACCUCGCAGUUUCUCCACAGGUCGCCCAUCGGUGAUGGCGAUAUGCCCGUGUCCGUCGCGGCGGGCUGGAUCGGUCUGAUCUGGUAUAUCGUCGUGCUGUCUGUGUGUGCCUUAGGGUAUCUUCAAAUUUGGAGAUUCUUUUCACGACGACUACGCCCGACCUCUCUCGCUACUGCUUCCGAUGCCCCUCACGUCACUGCCAUUCGGCCCGUUAAGGGCCUCGAGCCCCAUCUUUACGACUGCCUUGCUGCAACCUUUCGACAGGAAUAUCCGCGUGACAAGCUGACCAUCUGUCUAUGCGUCUCAACCCGCGAUGACCCUGCCUACCCAGUACUCUGCAAAUUGAUUGAUGACUUUCCCGAUGCCGAUGCACACAUUUUCAUCGAGGAGCAGGAUCCAUUACUGCAGCGCGGCGGAUCCAAUACCUACACGCUUGGGCCGAAUCCCAAGAUCCGAAACAUGAGCCGAGCGUACCGUGAAGCCAAGGGAGACAUUAUUUGGAUUAUCGAUUGCAAUGUAUGGGUUGGAAAAGGUGUCUGUGGUCGCAUGGUGGAUAGACUUUGUGGAACAGGAGCGAACCCAGCCAAGAAGUACAAAUUCGUUCACCAUUUGCCUCUGGCUGUGGAUGUUACCGGGGAAGACAACCUCAAUGCAGAGCGACAGGCACUUUCAGAUGCCUCUCGCGACACUACAGCCGCGACCGAUGCGAUGUUAACUAAGCGGCCAGAAGAGGGAUUUGCCAGCAUGAUUGCUUCUGGAGGUGGCCGUCUCGAAGAAUUGUUCCUUUCCUCGGCCCAUGCGAAAAUGUACACUGCUAUCAAUACGGUGCUCAUUGCGCCAUGCAUCGUGGGGAAAUCUAACAUGUUCCGCCGCUCACAUCUGGACUAUCUCACAGCUCCGUCGCCAACAAAUCCCACUCCCCGACACCCGGGUAUUGACUUUUUCUCGGAUAAUAUCUGCGAGGACCACCUUAUUGGUGACCUGCUAUGGCGAAAAAAGGUGCGGGAAGAAAAAGAAAAUGGCGAGAAAUGGGGCAAGCACGCCAUGGUCUUUGGAGACCUGGCCUUCCAGCCCGUGGCAAACAUGACAGUUCGAGCCUACAUUGCCCGACGAGUGCGGUGGCUGCGUGUCCGGAAAUUCACAGUACUCCUUGCAACCCUGGUCGAGCCAGGUACCGAGUCGUUCGUGUGCUCAAUGUAUGGCGCAUGGGGCAUAACAGCGGCACUGGCGCCGUAUCUCGCAAGGAAAGGCUUCGCGUUUGCGUCUGCUCUUGGAACAUGGACAUCUUUCUUUACCAUAUAUGCUCUGAGCAUUGCAUUUUGGAUCCUGGUUGAUUGGACCCUCUACAUUAAGCUCUUUUCUGCAAAGACAGUCGAAUUGGACGACAAUACCCCACUCUUUGCGCAGCCUGUGCGCCGCGAUCCCUCUCAAAUAACCCGCCGUCCCUUUUCACAGUGGUUCGCUGCGUGGCUGGGCCGCGAAUUGCUCGCUCUACCCAUCUGGAUCUCGGCCGUCUACGGUGGUGUGACCGUCGUCUGGCGGGACCGACGCUUCAAGGUCGGAUUUGAUGCUAAAGUUCGGGAAAUAGACACUGAUUCGACAAAGCCCUCGGAGGGCUCGUAUUCCACCGGGUCUGUGAUCGAUUGGUUUCCAGUCUCACCACAAAGCAAUCAUGGGAAAGACAGCAAAGUCCGCCGUGAUUGA